GCACUAGGAGAAGCAAAAGCCGCCCUUCCUCCCGCUGAAGUAGCACCGCAGGGUCGUGCAGACGUAAACUCAGCACAGCCCUGAUUACUUUUAGAAUUGACCUUAACUAUUCUCAAAUAUAACAUGGAGAGUAUACAACGUAUUAAAAAUGAUGUCUUCCUUUCGCUACCCUCACUUCGGCUUUUCGUACCUCCAUUGCGCCUGAUGUCUUCAGCCAUGUGGCAUGUUGUCCAAGAGGGGGAUGUACAUGGAUAUGGCAUGGUGGAAGACUUCAUCAACAGUGUCACAGAAAUAGUCCCUGAGAUAUUGAGCACAGAUCAGAGGACUCAGCUACUGCUUGCUCUCCGUUCCAGGGUUGUUCUUGAAAUGUGCAGAGGUGACCAAAUUACUAACGCUGAAUAUAUUAGAAUGCACCUAGAGCAAAUAAAAAAACUUGUAUCUAUUUGGGCAGCACAGCCAUGUUUUGCAGAACUUGUGUUCCCGGAAUCCACUUUUGUUGAUCAAGUGCAGUUGCUGUUGAAAGAUCCUUCUGAAAAAGAGAAAUUUUUCAAGGAUGUUUUCCCUGUUGUGUUUGGACAAGAUUUCGAUAGUGCACUACAAGUCUUAAUGUUGGAUUUCUUAACAAGAUUAGAGAAGCUCUUUCCGAUACCAGACAUCCAGCAGACAACCUCUAUUCUUUGUGCAAUCCCAUCGGCUUUAGAGGAGUGUCUCCACUCCGUCCCUGACCCUCAGCAUUUAAAAACUGUUCUUCAGUACCAUGCUGCACUUGGACACUUGGAUUUAACAGAUGAGACUCAGACCAUUGCAUCAUCAUUUGGAAACUGUAUUCUCUCCUCCCUCUCUCUUCCUCAAGUGGAAAAAGUUGUAAUAGAUGCUGAUCAAAUACAGUUACAAGCUUCAUCUGAGCAGAUGCAAGGCUGCGUGACAGUUCAAGUGGAAGGACAAACUGUAACACUCUUGGACUACAUACAAAUUGAAGAGCCACUGAUUGAGCCUGAUAAUCAGGAGGAAUCUGACACCUUAAAGCCAGCUCCAUUUCAACCUCUAAAACAAAGCAAACAUGUGGAGGUAAAAAAUGAAUCUUCACAAACUUCUAGGAGACAAAGAAAAAAAUUCCCCUGUAACAAAACUUGCCCAGUUUGUGAAAAGUCUUUCUUGCGUGCAGCAGCCAUGAGACGGCACCUAGAAACCCAUUCAGAAAACCGAGAACUCAAGUACAAAUGCAGCAACUGCGACAAAAGAUUUAGGGACCAAUAUGACAUGACACGUCACAACAUGCGCGUCCAUGAAAAGGAAGUGGGUAGCCCACCCACUGCUGAGGACUCUGUAGAUUCAAAUACAUCUGAGAACAAGCAUUGUGGUUUGUGUGGCAAAUAUUUUGCUCGUUAUGUAGACAUGGAACGACACAUGAAGUCUCAUUCAGAUGACCGACCAUAUAGCUGUCCUUUUUGUAAAAAGAAAUUCAAAAAUCCAUAUAUCUUAAAGAGGCAUCAGAGCAAAAUAUGCAAAAAUAGAGACAUGCAAAAGCCUAUCACAGGGAAAAAGAAAGAAAAGCCAAAUCAGCAGUUGACUCCAGAGGGGUCAGCAGAGGGCAAAACAUGUCCCAUCUGCAGCAGGGUCUUACCGUGCACUGCAGACAUGUCUAAGCAUUUAAGGUCACAUACUGAGGAACGGCCAUUUAUUUGUGUUACUUGUGAAAAGGGCUUUAAGUACAGGGAUACAUUAAAGAAACAUCAGAUCAUUCAUGGACAUGAGGGUAUUCGGGAAGAAGAAAGCAAGUCAGUCGAACAGAUUUUGGCUGAAGCAGAUUCACCAAGUUGCACUGAAACUGGUGAUCAAAAAGAAAAUGUUCUUGAUACGGCUACAGCUACUCCUCAAGAGCUGCAUUCUCCUCAAAUGAGAACAAGGCUAAAACAAAUUAAAGUUUGUCCUGUGUGUUUACGGACUUUUGAUAGUAUCAAGACUUUUAACCGGCAUUUGCAAUGCCACACAGAUGACCGCCCAUAUCAUUGUGUACACUGCAAGAAGCGGUUUAAACAUAUGCAUGGGCUAAAAAGACAUCAAGUUUAUGCUGUUUGUCAUAAGAAAAUGACUAGAUUCUUAUGGAAAAAGGAACCUAGAGCAGGGGCCAGUGACUGUACAAGUUCUGAUUCCCAACAGGGCACAUCAAAUAAGAUUCCUGUGUGGUGUUCCAACUGUGGCAAGCACUUUGAGUGUCUUUCUGCUUUAAAGGAGCAUCAGGAUAAAGUGUGUAAACUGGACAUGAGGGAAAUUCUCAAAUGUGAAAAGUGUGACAAAGAGUUUAAAAGUAUGACACUGCUCAAAGUGCAUCAAAGAAUCCAUGACCCGCUUUACUGCAAAGAGUGUGGCAAAAUAAUGGCCAAUGAGGCUGCCUUUGAGAGGCACAAGUUAAUGCACAGACCAAUGCAGUGCACCAUGUGUGACAAGUCGUUCACUUUGCUCAGACGUUUGAGGGAGCACUACGAGAAGCAGCACAACUUUACAGGGCCAUAUCCCUGUGGCCAGUGUGACAAAAGCUUCAUGCAGCUAACUUACCUAGCUGUUCAUGGGAGGAUCCACCAAGGAGAGUUUCCUUAUGCAUGUGAUUUGUGCCCAGAGAAGUUCAGGUCCUCCAACUGUUUGACUGUGCACCAGAGGAAGCACACUGGGGAGAAGCCCUUUUUGUGCUGGCAGUGUGGGAAGUGCUACCGCUCUGCCUCAGAACUCACGGUGCACAUGGGGACGCAUUCUGAGGAGAGGCCUUGGACCUGUACACAGUGUGACAUGGCCUACCGCACAAAGCAGCAGCUCACCAACCAUGUAGAGCAAGUGCACAUUGGUUUGAGGUAUCCUUGCAAAGACUGUGGAAAACAGUUCAUGAAGGAGACCUCUUUGAAGAGGCACGAGCUGAUCCACAGUGGGGAGCGGCCGCACCAGUGCACAGUGUGUGGUAAGACUUUCCUGACGGCCAACGAGCUGCGGCUCCACACCCGGUACCACACAGGGGAGCGGCCGUACAAGUGCGAGGUGUGUGGGAAGGCAUUUAUCCAGUCUGGGUAUCUGAAGUCACACAUGCGAAUUCACACAGGCGAAAAGCCAUUUAAAUGUGACAUUUGUGAAAAGGGCUUUAGACUCUCUUAUCACAUGAAGAAACACAGAAGAACACAUGCUGGAAAGGGAAAGGGAUUUCUGUGCGAGGAUUGUGGGACAACAUUCCUCCAAAAGAAUGCCCUUUGGGAACAUUCUCUGACUCACAAUGUUAAACUAGAAACAUUUACUGAGGAAGUCAGCAUAGAUUUUGAAUGAGAUAUUUUUUUGUUCAUGUUCUUUUUUGUAGCUUAGUGGGGGAUGUAGCUGGUGUUUUUGUUCAUUGUUACUGUUGUAUUUUUGGGAAGUUAUGAAUGAAUAUGAUAUUGGGGUAUUGCUACUUCUGUUCUUCAGUCAUGCUUAUUGGGCCAAUCUCAUUAUAGGCUGUACUAACCAAUGGCAAAUAAUUAAAUAGAAAUAUACAUAUAAUCU